AUGGCCAUCAAGAAUGAAAACUUCCCCGAGGUCCUGGUGCCGCAGAGUGAACUUGACGUCCAGCACAUAGAGGAGAACCUCAAGGUGUCGGUGGCAGACAAAAUAAACCAAGGAGAAGAUGGUGAACUUUAUCUUGAAGCAAUUCGGAGGUAUCCUAAUGACGACGCCAUUGAAAAAGAGGCAGAGAGGAAAUUGAAACGCAAACUUGACAUGCGUCUCAUUCCACUUCUUGGCAUAUGCUACUUCUUCUAUGUAUGUUGCUCGUUUCAGGCUCGCCUUGUUGAUGUCACAGCUAACAUCGUCCGUCUCCAACAGUAUGUCGAUAAAACAACACUUUCCUACGCAGCAAUCUUUGGUAUCAAAGAUGACCUCAAUCUAUCCGGUUCAGAAUACUCGUGGUUGUCAAGCAUUUUCUAUUUUGGAUGGUUAAUUUGGGCAAUCCCAUCCAACCUCCUUCUGCAGCGGAGUCGGAUGGCUUGGUAUCUUGCCUUCAAUAUCUUCAUGUGGGGUGUGGUUCUCAUGUGUGAGGCUGCAUCGAAGAGCUUCGGCGCACUUGCGACACUCCGAAUCAUUUCCGGUGCGUUUGAGGCGAUUGCUGACCCAGCGUUCAUGCUCGUCGUCUCUACUUACUAUACCCGUGCCGAGCAGCCUUGGCGUAUCUCGGCAUACUAUCUGUGGAACGGCAUCGGUACUGCAGGCGGUGGUCUUAUUGCAACACUUUGGGGUUUCAAUCAUGAUGAGAAGCUCAUGAUGAUUGCGCGACUGCGAUCCAAUCAGACAGGUAUUGAGGGACGGAAAGUUAAUUGGCGUCAGGUGAAAGAGGCGUACCUCGAUUAUAAGACUUGGCUAUUCACCAUCUUAGGCUUUCUUGCCAACAUUCCAAAUGGCGGAAUCUCCAACUUCUCUACUUUGGUCAUCCAAGGCCUUGGGUUCGACACACUCAAUACUGCACUUCUUGGUAUUCCCCAAGGAGUUAUUGUGGUCGUUUGGAUUUUCCUUGGAGGAUACGCCAACCAGUACAUGCCGAAGAAUAGCCGUACCCUAGUCUGUGCGCUAUUUAUGGUCCCGACCAUUGCGGGCGCACUCGGCUUCUUGCUUGCUCCCGAUAAUGCAUACGUCGGCCGGCUGAUCUGCUUCUAUCUCACUGGGUCCUAUCAAGCCUCAUUUGUGAUAACCCUUUCCCUUGUCACCUCCAACACUGGUGGUCAGUCCAAAAAAAUGAUCGUAUCGGGCAUGAUCUGGCUUGGAGCAUGCAUCGGUAACAUUGCUAGUCCCUUCUUUUACCAAUCCGAGCAAGCGCCGGCAUACCCCCUAGGGAUUGGAUCUCUGCUUGUUGCAAACUGCCUUGAACUUAUGCUUUUCUUUAUACUCCGCUACGCCUUUAUAUGGGAAAACCGACGAAAGGAGAAGAUCCGCCAGGAAUUGCGGGAGAGGGGGAGCGAGGAUGAACUUAUGGCCGAUUCCACGGCCUUUGCAGAUCUGACUGAUAAACAAAACCCAAAUUUUGUGUACGUUUAUUGA